AUGCUUCAUACAACUAUUACUAUUGAUCAAAUUCAAGAAGCGUUUGAUCAAUUUAAUCGAGGACAAAAAUAUUUAUAUAACAAUUUAAUAACUACCAUUAAAGACAAUCAAACAAAUGAAAUAUAUUUAGUUGAAUUAUUUGAUGAAUUACGUGAUAAUGUUGAUUUGUUCGAAAAUAUGAAUGAACAAUUUCUUGAUUUUCUUCAAUUUCAAAUCAAUUGGACAAAACAAUCAAAAGUAGUACUUGAUGCAUUUAGUAGUUUUCAGAUAACACUUAUAUCAAGUAAUACAAAUCAUACAGAACGUUAUCUCAAUUUUCUAUUUACAUUAUUUGCUAUACCUGAAACUUCAAUACAUGAUUUUGCACAUGAAACAUUACAACAAUUAGUUCUUAUUGUACCAUUAGCAUCGAAUCUUCUAUGUUCAAUUGCUGAUCAUCAGUUUCCAUUUAUGACAAAAGAUAAAGAUAUUCAGAUAAUAUAUAUUAAAAAUUUACUGCGAUUAUUAUCUUAUUUAUCAAUUGAAAGAUUACGUUUUCUUGAGAUAAUUCUUUCAAAAUUAAUUCGUAUGGAUGUUCAUGCAUCACGACAAGAUAUUCUUCAUAGUGAAAGAUAUUAUAUCGAAAAUGAACUUGUCUUCUCACUUGAACAACAACAACAUGAUACGAAUCAAAUGAAACAUGAUCAAGCUGAUAAACUCGAUUGUCUUAUGUAUAGUAUGUUUGAAUAUAUAACAAAUAUAUCGAUGAAAAAUGGAAAAUUUAAUUAUGAACAAACAAAAUUAUUAUUUAAAGAUUUAUUAAAUAUUUUUAAUAAACUCAUUUUACCAACACAUGAUUCGUCUCAUGUACAAUUUCUGAUGUUUUAUAUUUGUAGUUUUCAUACAAAUUUCAGUGAUGAAUUUAUGAAUAAUUGCUGGAAAAUAUUUGUCUCGCCAACAGUUUCUAUGACAUUUCGACAAGCAGCUAUUUGUUAUUUAUGUAGUUUAAUGGCUCGAGCUAAUUAUAUUUCAAUUAAAUCGGUAUUAGCUAUAACACAAUCAAUGGUUGAUUGGUUACAUGUAUAUAUUAAUACAUUGGAAAGAAAUAGUGGAAAUUCAAAUCCAAAUCGUCACUUACCAUUUUAUGCUAUUUGUCAAGCAGUUCUUUAUAUAUUUAUUUAUCGACAUCAAGAAAUCGUUCGAUUAUCUGAUGGUAUUCAGACAAUAAUACAAUGGCGACUUAGCCGUAUUAUUUCUUCAGAAUUAAAUCCAUUAAAAUUUUGUCUACCUGCUAUAACUCUUCGAUUUGCUCAAUUAGCAAGAAAUUAUCAAAUUGUUUUUUGUUAUUCAAUUAUUGAAACCAAUAAUCGUUAUUCACUACCAGAAUUAUUUUCAAUAGAUGAUCAUCAUAAUAAUACAUCACCAUUACUACCAUCAAAUAUUCUUCAUUCAUAUUUUCCAUUUGAUCCUUAUGUAUUAAAACGUUCAUCAAUAUUUAUUCGACCUAUUUAUAUUGAUUAUCGAGAUGAAAAUGAAGAUUUAAAUACUACCAAAGAUUUAGAUGAUAGGAAUCAACAAGAUAUUGAUGAUAGUGAUGAUAUUUUAACAUCGAUGAUAAUGAGUACAACACCGAAUGAUUUUGAUCCAACUGAUCGAAUCUCAUCAUUAUCAAUAUCAAUCAAGAAUUCUCAUCAUCGUUCAUCGAAAUUACCAUUUGGUCGUUCGCCUGGUUUUCGAACUGUAUCAUAA